GUGUGUAUUUAUUUUCUCUGCCUCUGUCCCUUCUAUUCCCCAGCUAAAAUAUUUUAGCUAAAAUGUCCUAAAUUCUCCCUGUCUGUUUACUGCCUUUGCUCCUUCCUUUACAGCCAAGUUCCCCAAGAGUAGUCUGUAAAUCCUGUCCAUUUGCUCACUUCCCAUUCUUUGUUUAAUCCACUGCAGUCUAGCUCUCAGCCCUGCUAUUUUGAUGAAAUUGCUCUUACCAAACUCAUCAGUUAACCAAACACCAAAUUGGAUGGACUCUUCCAGUUCCUCAUACCACUUGUUCUCUCGGUUGUGCUUUACCCCUUUGACUUCUUUUUCUAGGGAAACUCUUGCCUUCUUCGUAUCUUUCUGGCUACUUCUCAGUCUUCUUUUCAGGUUCUUCUGACUUUGUCUGCCCUUUAGAUGUUGAUGUUCUUCAGCCUCCUGUCCUUGCUCCUCUUAACUUUUCACAGUACACAGUCCUCUUGGGUGAACUCAUCUUGGGUGACUUCAAUUCACAUCUCUAUUGCUGAGCUCCACACUCAUAUAUUCACUUAAUUUCUGGUUAGUAUCCCUUGGACAUUCUACAGACAAACUAGAUAAACAUAUCUGAAGACUUCAAUCUUCCCUGCUCAUUGGUGCCUUCUCCUUUAUUCAGUAUCUUGGUGAGUGGCACUGUUGUCCAACUAGUGAUGUCAGAGACCUGAAAAUUGUCCUCAAGGCUUCUUUUUCUCUGAUACACUGUCACCGUAUCCUUUCGUUCUAUAUCUGUCUCACAAAUGUGCUUCCUCUAUAGCCCUUCGCCACUGCCUUCGUUAAGGCCCUCAUCAUAUCUCAUCUCAAGUUCAACACCCUCCUGUGAUCACCCUGCCUGCAUUCUAACCCUCCUCCAAUCCCUCCAUCCUUCACACCUCUGCAAGGUUAAUCUUCCCAAAACAUGACUUUCAUCCUUUCACUUACUUGAUCAAAAAGUUCAGUAGCUCCCUGUUACCAACAGGAUAUAGCCCGUUUGCCUUUCUGAUCUUUCUCAGCUUCUCCCCACACAAGCUUUCUACUGCAGCCAAACUUGGUACGUCCCUUCUGCCUUUUUGCCUGUGCUCGUGCCAUUUCUCAUGGCUUAUGUGCCCUUCUUCUUUCUGACCAGAUAUCCUGGAUCUUCCUCAGCCUUUAAGGCCCACCUUAUGUUCUGCUUCUUCACAGAACACUCCAGUCCGCAGUGAUAAUAGCCAAAUACACCUUGCAGUUUACAAAAUGCACCUGCCUGAGAAGUCAACACUACCGGCCCCAUUUUAUGCGUGAGAAAAUUGAGGCACAAAUGGUUGAGUGACUUUCCGGAGCCUCAAUGCUGCUAAGAUAGAGAGCCGGGGCCUAGCCUUUAGUCUUUUCCCUCUAGAUCUCCUGAUUUUACCUCAGUGACCAUUCCCUUUCUGACUUCACAGCAUUAUGGUCUUCAUCACUCCAUCAAUCCUUAAUCACAUAUUGCCUGUGACCAGCAGACAGGGGGACCUUGAGAAUUGGGGGCAAGGUCCAAGAAGAGAUCAUCAUCUAUUUGACAUCAAAACUAGCCAGUAAGUGCAGAAGGGAUGAGCUGAGCUACCUGGAAACUACCCUUGAAAAUAUGGUCUGUGAAUGAAGGGAGUAGAGCUUGCUCGCUCUAUGCGCUGCUUCACGCCUGAGGAUGUCAGUGGAAAAGCCUUGGUCCUGGGCAUGGGCAUGGGCAUGGAUGUGGGCAUGAGCUUUAUGGGGCUGCCAUUAGUUGACCAGAAACACAGGAGUGGACAGAUGGAAGCCGUGGUACUCACCUGCUCAUUGUGCCAACAGGACCUGCAAGAUGUGGGCACCCGGCUCCUACCCUGCCAGCAUUUGCUCUGUAAGGACUGCUUCCAGGGCUUGAUCCAGGAGGUAGGGCAGGAUGCCAAGGCUCAUGGGACUGUCCCAGAUGAGCUCAUCUCCUGUCCUGGGUGUAAGCAAGUGUACCUUACCAGGGAUGUAACUGAACAUUUUUUUCUGCUUUGCUUUUCUACUGGGCAACCCAAGAUGGCCAGGAGCUGCUCUGAGUGCAAGGAGAAGAGGGCAGCACACAUCCUCUGUACCUACUGCAACCGCUGGCUGUGCAGCUCCUGCACGGAGGAGCAUCGGCAUGGUCCUGCCCCUGGCGGCCCGCUCUUUCCCCGGGCCCAGAAGGGAUAUCCAGGAGUGAAUGGUGGUUCUGGGGACUUCGCCUUGUACUGUCCUCUACACACACAGGAAGUGCUCAAACUGUUCUGCGAGACCUGUGAUGUGCUCACAUGCCACAGCUGCCUCAUGGUGGAACACAAAGAACACAGGUGCAGACAUCUUGAAGAAGUUUUGCAAAACCAGAGGAUGCUUCUGGAAAGUGUGACUACACAGGUGGCUCAUAAGAAAUCCAGUCUACAGACAUCUGCAAAGCAAAUUGAGGACAGGAUUUUUGAGGUGAAGCAUCAGCACAGGAAGGUGGAAAACCAGAUCAAAAUGGCCAAGAUGGUUCUGAUGAAUGAGCUGAACAAACAGGCCAACGGGCUCAUAGAGGAGUUGGAGGGCAUUACUAAUGAGAGAAAGCGGAAGCUGGAGCAGCAGUUACAGAGCAUCAUGGUCCUCAACCGUCAGUUUGAGCAUGUGCAGAAUUUCAUCAAUUGGGCUGUCUGCAGCAAAACCAGUGUCCCUUUCCUUUUCAGCAAAGAGCUGAUUGUGUUUCAGAUGCAGCGAUUGCUGGAGACAAAUUGUAACACAGAUCCUGGCUCCCCUUGGAGUAUCAGAUUCACCUGGGAGCCUAACUUCUGGACCAAGCAGCUGGCUUCCCUUGGCUGUAUAACUACUGAAGGUGGACAGCUGUCCCGGGCAGAUACUCCUGCUUAUGGAGGCUCACAGGGACCAUCAUCCUUUUAUCAAAGCCGCCAGUCCCCAGUGGCUCAGCAAGAGACUCUUAGCCACCCAUCUCACAAGUUCCAGUCUCCAGCACUGUGUUCCUCGUCUGUGUGCUGCUCCCACUGCUCCCCAGUCUCACCUUCCCUCAAAUGCCAGGUCCCCCCGACCAGCAUACACCCAGCGCACAACUUUAGGCAGCCCUCUGAGGUGGUACCCCAACAACUGGGAUCACUGCAGUGUUCCACCCUGCUGCCCAGGGAGAAAGAGCCGCCUUGCACUCCUCAUCCGCCAAAGCUGCUGCAGCCCUGGCUGGAUACCCAGCCCCCCGUGGAGCAGGAGAGCACAUCCCAGCGGCUGGGGCAGCAGCUCUCUACCCAGCCGGUGUGCAUCGUACCUCCGCAGGAUGUUCAGCAAGGAGCCCAUGCCCAACCCACCUUACAGACACCCUCUAUCCAAGUCCAGUUCGGCCACCACCAGAAGCUAAAGCUUAGCCACUUCCAGCAGCAGCCACAGCAGCAGUUGCCGCCUCCCCCACCUCUGCCACCUCCACCCCAGCAGCAGCCACCCCCACCUCUACCUCCAUCCCAGCAUCUGGCUCCCAGUCAGCAUGAGAGCCCUCCUGGGCCUGCCUGUUCCCAGAACGUGGACAUAAUGCACCACAAAUUUGAGCUGGAGGAAAUGCAGAAGGACCUGGAGCUUCUGCUUCAGGCUCAACAGCCCAGCCUGCAACUGAGUCAGACCAAAUCGCCUCAGCAUCUUCAGCAAACCAUUGUGGGCCAGAUCAACUACAUUGUGAGGCAGCCAGCACCCGUGCAGUCCCAGAGUCAGGAGGACGCCGUGCAGGCUACAGAUGAGCCCCCAGCAUCUGAAGGCCCAAAGCCAGCUCUCCCUCUUGACAAGAAUACUGCUGCUACCUUGCCCCAGGCGUCUGGGGAAGAAACCCCUCACAGUGUCCCCCCACUGGACAGCACCAUCCAGCACUCCUCUCCAAAUGUCGUGAGAAAGCACUCCACUUCGGUGAGCAUCAUGGGCUUUUCCAACACUCUGGAGAUGGAGCUGUCAUCUACCAGGCUGGCGAGGACCGUAGAGCCACAAAUCCAGAGCGUGAGCAGCCUGACAUCUGGCCACCCCCGGGCAGUACCAAGCCUGCUGAGUGGCCCCCCCACAACAGUGUCCAGCCUGACAAGCAGUCAAAACCAGGCUAUGCCCAGCCUGACAGCCAGUCACCUGCAGACCAUGCCCAGCCUUGUGCGUGGCACACCCCACUCCGUGUCCAACCUGAUGAGUGAUUCCUCCCAGGCCAUCACAAGCCUAGCAAGUGAUCACUCUCAGGCUGGGCCCUUCCUGAUGUCUGGUCCCACCCAGGCUAUGCCGAGUCUCGCAACUUGUCCUCUGCAGAGCAUGCCUCCGGCUUCUGACAUGCAGCUGGAAACUGGAUCCAGCUGCAGUCCUGGCUCUGGCCGAGCUGCAGGAAGCCUGUGCCCUGGGGAUGGGGCUGACCCCUCCCUGGUGAAUACCCUGUGUAAGAUGGAAAGUGAGGAUUCUGCCCGCUUCACUGACUCUCUGGGACAAGGCUCCAUAGCCCCUGGUCUGGAUGCUUCCAAGGACUUGGCUAUCCCCUCAGAACUGGAGGAGCCAAUUAACCUCUCUGUGAGAAAACCUCCAUUGGUCCCAGUGGUCAACACAUCCACAGCUCUGCAGCAGUACUGGAACCCAAAAGAGUGUGAGAAUUUUAAACAAGGAGCCCUAGAGCUGGAUACAAAAGAGAACCAGAGCAUCAGACCCUUCAACAGUCAGCCCAAGAUUCCCUACGUGCGCCUGGAGCGACUCAAGAUCUGUGCUGCCUCUUCGGGAGAGAUGCCUGUGUUCAAGCUGAAGCCACAGAAGAAUGAUCAGGAUGGGAGCUUCCUGCUGAUCAUCGAGUGUGGCACUGAGUCCUCCAGCAUGUCCAUUAAGGUCAGCCCAGACAACCUGCCUGAUGCCAUCCAGGCCCCAAGUCUCGGGGGAAGAAAGGUCACUGUCACUUCUCUGGCUGGGCAGCGGCCCCCAGAGGUGGAGGGUGCAUCUCCUGAAGAACACAGACUCAUUCCUCGAACCCCUGGAGCCAAGAAGGGGCCCCCAGUACCCAUAGAGAAUGAGGACUUCUGUGCUGUGUGCCUCAAUGGGGGAGAGCUGCUGUGCUGUGACCGCUGCCCCAAAGUGUACCACCUUUCUUGCCACCUGCCAGCCUUGCUCAGCUUCCCAGGGGGAGAUUGGGCAUGUACCUUGUGCCGCAGCCUGACCCAGCCCGAGAUCGAGUACGAUUGCGAGAAUGCGCGCUAUAACCAGCCUGGAGUGCGGGCCCCUCCGGGCCUGAGCAUAUAUGACCAGAAGAAGUGUGAGAAGCUGGUGCUGUCCUUGUGCUGCAAUAGCCUCAGCCUGCCCUUCCAUGAGCCCGUCAGCCCGCUGGCCCGGCAUUACUACCAGAUUAUCAAGAGGCCUAUGGACCUGUCGAUCAUCCGGAGGAAGCUGCAAAAGAAGGACCCAGCUCACUACACCACCCCAGAGGAGGUGGUGUCAGAUGUGCGCCUCAUGUUCUGGAACUGUGCUAAGUUCAAUUAUCCCGACUCAGAGGUUGCCGAGGCUGGCCGCUGCCUGGAAGUGUUCUUUGAGGGCUGGUUGAAGGAGAUCUACCCGGAGAAACGGUUUGCCCAGCCAAGGCAGGAGGACUCAGACUCGGAGGAGAUGUCUAGCGAGAGUGGGUGUCCCACUCCCCAAGGCUUCCCGUGGCCCCCCUACGUGCAGGAGGGCAUCCAACCCAAGAGGCGGCGGCGACAUAUGGAGAAUGAAAGAGCAAAGAGAAUGUCGUUCCGCCUGGCCAACAGCGUCUCCCAAGUGUGAGAACGGGAAGGAGGCUGAGCACUCUGGCAGCUGUGUCCCGUCCUCUUGACCACUCCUCCCCACCUUUCAGCUCAUCCUCUUCAGAUUGUGGACGUGAGAUGAGUCUUGUCGAGCUGUGUAGUGCUCUUCUUUGCCAUUUGCAUCUUACAGCAUUUAUUUGGAAGCCAUAGUGCAUCCACUUCAGAGAAGAUUUCAGUAAUAAACAGCGAAGAGGGAAGUAUGCCCUAUUACCAGAAUAAUCAGAUGUGUAGGGUCCACUUGACAAGACCAAGCCUAGUCAGGCUCAGGAGGACCUAACUUCCUUGGUGAAUUUUUUCUGCCGAGGAAAGCAGACUUUUCUCACCUUCCAGUGUACAGGGCUCAGGAAUAAUGUAUAUAUUUGAAUUCCUCCUGGGCCCAGAAGAAGGUAAAAGAAGGGAGAGAGGUUCUGACAUAUGGCAGGCCUGUGAUCCCUGGCCUAGCACAGCCAAAGACUGUCACUGUUUGCCUUUGCUUGGCCUGCUGGGACAGAGGCACCUGCCCUGGGCAGGGUAAGGGAGGCUUCUAGAGGCCAUAGGUCUCGAUUGGUGCCUGUUCGGGUUCUAACGGUUUUCAGGGUAUUUGUUCUUCAUGCCCCCUUUCCUGUGUUGACUUAGGUGGCCGCUGUGAAAGUGCUCUGGAUGGUAUGGCAUUCUUGACUGGGCUGGGUGGCUGUGCAAAAGACCACUUACAUCAAAUUUCACUUGCAGGCCUAAGAAGAUAUCAACUUCAGAGCCUGCCCUCUGUGCCACUUACUUUGGGCUAACAGCUUUUCUUUGGUGUCAGAACCUGCCUUCCUAGAAGUGAUUGUUGGUGGCCAUCCCUUCAUUAUCUCCAUUCAGAGAUCUGGAUCCUGACUUCUUCUUGGAAAGACUAUGAGGCACAGAGUUUCUGGGCAAGGAGAAUGACCCACAACCAGGGCUGGUUGUGCUGGGCCUCUCCUCCUGCUUAGAGAUCCUAGUUCUCAACCUCUCCAUGUUCACAGAGCCAAAGAUCAGAAGUGAGUCCUCUGACUGGCCUGCCCCCAGGCUGUCCACAGCCCAGAAAAGGUCAAGACUCUACUGGUAGCCCUUUUUUGUUGGAGGUUGGAGAAUGCCAGUGGGACUGACAGGAGCCAGCCCUAAGUGUUCGUAGGGGAAGUUCUGUCUAGUGUGGAGAAGGGGAAAACUGAGAGGCGAGAAGUCAGUGUCCUUCGGUGACCUUGAAGCAACUUUAGGACUUUACUUUUCCUAGAACGCAGAGAGAAGUGUUCUGGAAGCCGUGGGAACAGGAGCAGUGCUCCAGGCCGCAUCUUGAAUGGAUCUUCAUGGUCCAAGCAGGUGUUUGGGAGGAAGAGGCGGAGGCAGAUGCUGAGGGUCAGGCCACCUCACCAGCAAAGGCUUGCUUGAGAAGGAACCUCUUGCUGAUAUUGUGGGGGAGCUGCAUUCCUGGCGUUUCAGUGGCCUGACCUGGAGACUCAGCUCUCCCUGGUCCUAUCAUGGUUUGGCUAAUUUCAAGGGAGUCUUAGGUCAUGGCUUUAUUUUUGCUACAACAUGCAGUUUAAGGAAGUUCUUGUUUGUAGGGCCUUUGUUAAUGGGAACAUUUUGAUCAGAGAAAACAUUUCUUCUCUCCAUGUGAGUUGAUGGUACUGCUCAUUUCCUUCUCCACUGAGGCUGGGAGAUCAUCUUCCUUCAAAGCAAACUGUGCCCACUGACAUGCCAUUCUUUCACCAGCACUUGCCAAGCUCUCCUAAGCAGGUGGGCUUCCAUAAUUCCUGUUUUCUAGUUUGUGGUAACUAAGUCUUUAAUACUCCAGUAGCCAGGCAAUCUUUGAACUUAGCCCUCUGCUCUUUGGGCCUCACAUGUCUUUCUGGUUUGGGCUCUGGCCACUUCCCUUUCAAUUUUUGAAUCUUUUUCUCUGUUUAGUUGGCUUGGCAAGGUUUCCUCUAUAAUUACCUCACUAAUUCCUGCUCUUGGUCAUCUUUCUUUCUUGUGGCCCACAUUCCCACCUCCCCUGAGUGAGCUUCAUGGUGCUUUGUGUUGAGCAGCCAGGUGAGGGCUGUGACAGGCUCAAAUCUGAUUGACAUUCUUCCCCAGGACCAGUUAGAGACAGCAAAUAUGAAGCAGAAAGGCCUGGUUAAAUGCUUGGGUUCCCUUCUAUCAAUGAAGCUUCCAGCUUGGGUGUAGCCUGCUGAGCCAGAGGACCUUAUUGGUGUAGUAAUGUGUCACAUAUUCCCUUCCCAUCACAGAGACCCAGCAUGCUGUGAGGCUCCCUUUAGGCACCUGAGCGGGGAGGGGUGGGAGGUAGAGCAUUCUUUCCUCCAGAGGUGUGAGGCCCUGGCCCACCACACUGUCCCUACACUGGUUACCUCACAGCACUGCCCUCUCCCUGGCUUUUCCUGUGUACUUAGCACCAAUGUUUUGAGUCAAGGUUAUGUUUUGUUUUGGUUUUGCAUGCAUAAAAUGGAUCAUGACUAUUUAGAAAUUUUUUUGAAAACUACCAGCUGAGUGGCUGACUUCGGUGGCUCUUUGCAAACAUUUGAGCUGAUCCUGCUUUUGAUUUAGUCCUAUAAUGACCACAUUUUGAAGUCAGUCAAGUCCUUUGGCCCUUGACAAAGUCAGGAAAUGGAAAUACAAUGAGUUCUGGAUUCUGUGAUGCAGAAUGCAGUCCUGAGGAGAAAUUGGGCUUCUUGGGUGUGCUGAGAAACGAGAGUGGAGUGACUUCAGUUGAUGAUGCAAAGGGGAUUUUAGUGUAAAACUUGGUGCAGGAUGAACUUGCAGAGCUCUCUGCCAGAACAUGGGUAGAUUGGUCCUGCCUGACUUUUAGCAAUUGCCAACUACACAUCUUCUGUAGGUACCCUCUCUCUAGUGGCAGCCACCAGACUGUCUAUAGGCUCUGCUCCAUGCAGGCACUGCCAUCAACCGCAGUGGACUCUGGCUCCCUGUACCCAUUUCUGGUGACCCAUCUUUGUCUUGCUCCUAAGACCUAGGCCCCUCCUUGUAUCCUCCUGGACUCCACUCCCUCUCUCACUCCAUAGUAUCACCUGUAGUCUUCUCUUCUGAAUUCCUGCACUGAGAUUUUACUCCGUCUGGAUCACCACCGGCUGUGUUUCCUCUCCUCCCACUCCCUCACUCCUAUUUAUUUAAAUUGCCUGCUCCUUUAGCCCAGUUCCAUGACCUCAGCUCUCUCUCGGUUCUCCCAACCUUUCAGCCUUCUCCUGGACUUCUUCCUCUCCCCAGCCUGAACCCGUGGCCCAUCACACACUGACUUCAGCAUCCUGAACUUUCUCAUCCCCUUCAACUUUUGUUGAAACUGUCAACCAUUCUCCAUUUUCUGCAUCAACCUAUUUUCUGCUUCCUCUUCCUAGGCUGCUAACCAUGGCAAAUUCAUAGUUGACAGCCUCAGUUGGGCUCUCAGUAUUGAUUGAUAUAUCUUUGACUUGUUAUUUCUCUGCUUUCCGUCCGUUCCCUUCGCCUUUGCUCUCAGCAAAUGACUGACCCCAGUGCCCACUUCACAUAAGAGAAGACCUAAAGCAAGAACUUCCCUGCCCACUUGCUCCUCUCCCUGUCCCAUCUCUCUGUGUCUGUAUCCCUCCUUAGCUCCUUCACUCUGGCUUCUAUUUGGUGCUCUAUUUCUUGAUUCCUGCUGUAUGUCCUCCAAGACUUUGCUGCGUCCCUAUCCCACGGCUCCUACUUUCCAGGGUCUUCACCCUCCCUCUCCAUUGGUUACCUCCACAUAGCCUACAAACAAAGUUCUCCCCAAGAUUAAAACAAAAUUCAUUAGAGUCUGUUGCCCCUUAUACUUUUUCCUUGUCAGUCAAGUUUCUUUAAAAAAAUAAUCUUUUUCAUUGAUUCUUCUCAGUCACUCUUCAACCCUCUAUAGUUUUUCAUAAGUCACCAGUGACCACCCAGUUGCCAAAUGAAAUGAAUACCUUUCAGUCUUCAACUGUCUUGAACUCUCUAUAGCAUUUCAACAUCAUCUACCAAUUCCUCUUUGAAACACCCUCCUCGCUUGGCUUUUAUGACCCCACAAGUCUCUGGGUUAUCCUCUUACCUCUCAGCCACAGAAGCUGAGCCUUCCUUGAAACCUUGACAGGGGGAUACAUCUGUAGCUUCCUGUGGUCUCUCCUUUUCAGGAGUUUAGUAGGCAGGAGGAAGCACAGCCACCCCUGCUUCUGAUCCUCUAUUUCUGCCUGUUUUCUUUGAGUCCAUUUCUUCUCCUGGACUCAGUUCUCCUCAUGCCAAGCAUGUUUUUGAGCUCUGCUGGGAGGACAGCAUUUGUGAGUCCUUCUCUCUGACUCUCCCAGUGCAGCAUGGAGACAGAUUUUAGCCAUGUUUGCUAAGAGGCCCAUCUAAAUCAGCCCAAGAGUGUGGAUUGAGUCUUACCGAGAAGUAUUUUGGCAAAUGGAUUACCAGGCUGAUGGGUAGCUCAUCACCAUGAUCUCCAUGCCAGUUAAAGCCAGCCACAGUUGGUGAGGAGCUUGGGAUCAUGGCAAAACACGUUUCCAUGCAUGGUUCAGUGCUGCUAGCCAGGAGGAGAAUCCUGGCAGGGGUGGAUGUUGGCCACUGAUAACAUUCCGAUGGAGGCAAACUGGGAAGCGCUGUGAUUCAUCACUUGCUUGGGGCUCAGCUGGGGUCAGCCUGGCCCCCUUUAGCCUGGUCUUUCCCAUCUGUACUGAUCAUCACCACCUCUGUUCCUAGAGCUGGAGGCAGAUGUUGGUUGUUUUCUUGGAGGUAGGGAGGUAUAGUAGAAAGAUAUCUGAUUUGAGAGGCUGAACACCUAAAUUUUGGCUCUGCCAUUAUGAACUGUGUGACCUUGGGUACCGUUUCCCCAUCUAUAAAGUUGGAGGGAGUGUUGAAAGCAGUGAUCUCUCAGAGGCUCUCCAGCUUUAAAGAUGGUAAUGGUGAUUCUAACUCUAAAGCUCAGGCCACAUAGGGAACAAGGGAAUGCUGAGGGUAGGACACAGCUGGGGAGUCUUGGCCAAGGCAGAGCAACAGGAUUCUCAGGCCACAAUGAGCUGCUUUGAGGAAAGUCUGCAGUAGCUGGUGCUGCUUCUUGAGCCAUAUGCCCAUUCCUCAAGCUGCACCCCUUUCAUGGAUAUCUAGGGUGAGUUCCUCCUAGGCCUUUUCUAGAAGUGACCAUUGGAUCCAAAGUGAUUGAGGGCAUGAGGGAGAAAUAUUUAAGGAGAAGAAUCACUUAUCUUAAAAGGAUCUACACAUUCAAGAACAAAUUAAAAAAUAGCACUUUCCUUUACCAAUAAUUGUGUCCUGGAGUGUUUUUUCAGUGAAGAUGGUUGAGCCUACUUCAUGGUCUUCUUGCCCCUGGACUCCAACAUCAUUAAGAACACAAGGUGAGGAAAAAUAGACUGGGAAGCCUUCUCUCCAGGGAAGAACUCAGCUCUCUGCUUCUUAUUGCACAAACACAGCCUGUUCUUCAAAAUACAGGCAGCAAGUCUGAGGCAGGGUUGGGGAAAAAGCAUCUUAUAAAUGCCUACCACUUCUAGGCACUAAGCACUUCAAGGAUGUCCUUUCUAUAGUGAUAUUCCCCAGUCACCCAGCCUUAGCUCUCUUCACUGACCUCUCUGCACCAGUGGUUUCUAGCCACUUAAGGGUCAAGGACAUUGUAAUGAAUAUUUAUCAUUCAUUUUGACUGUAUAGAAUCUGAACCCCUUUCCUAUUUUGGGGAAAUUCCCCACCUCAGGUUGGGAGGUAGAGCUCACUCCUCACUACAGAAGCUAAAUAUAUUAAAAUUGUGAUUUCCCAGCAUCCCUUGCAGCCAGGGUACAGUUCUAGUGGUAGUAACUAGAAAAAAAAGCCAGGACCACAGAGACUCCUCUGGUGGCAGUGUUGGUUGCAGCGAGGUGGGGUUUCCAUGGCAGCAGUAGCAGCAGAACAAGUAGAAGCACCUGGUGCUUGAUGACAGUGACGGUUUCUUCAGUAGACUAAUUAGCUCUUAGCUUAAUUCUCUGGCCUUCCCAACAAUUCUACGAACUACGUAAAAAAAAUUUUAAUAAACUCAUCUUCUGCUUAAAUUAGCCAGAAUUGGCUGCUUUUACUUGCAACUAAGCACCCUAACUGAUGCAGAAAUCUCAGAGAAUCUGAUAAAGUCAUGGACCCACUUUCCGAGCUCCAGACUCACAUGUCCUGGGCUCUGUUGGACACCUCCACUUGGGUGUCUUGAUGUCACCUGACACAGUAGCCAUCCCUCCCGCCCUUAACAUACUCUGCCUUCAUAUUCCCUAUCUGAGAAGCCAGGGAUGUGGGAAGGAAGCCAGGGCAUGUGGUGUCAGAGAAACCAAGGCAGUUUGGGUUUCAAGGAAGGAUGAUCACCACUUUUAAUGCUUAAGAUAAGACCUGGAAAUCUUCUCUGAACCCCCACCCCUUCCCAGAGUGGCCCAGGUACCUGAAACCUUUCCUGUGCCUGCUCUGAGCUUUCUGUGUUUUGUCCUGACUAAUCUUAUUAGUACUUUCCUUCUCUAUGUCCCAGGGACAUACACCUCUCUGCUUCCCACUCCUCAGGUUCCAUGGCAAGCUGCCAGAGCAAGCCCACUCCCUAGAGCAAGCCCACUCCCUAGAGCAAGCCCUGCUUUGGAGGCAGGUUUGCAGCAGACCUCCUCUUCCUACAGAGUAUCCAGGGCCCGAUAAAAAUAAGUCCUAAAAAAAUUAAAAGAAAAAACGGCAAAACCUAAAUAUAGAAUUAAAUGUCUAUAAACUAUAUCAU